GAUCUUAGUAGGAUCAACCCAACUCCGGAGAACUGUUCACUACAGACUGCAAAGACAGAAAUGGCAGACGUUGCAACUGCUGCUGAAAAGAAGGCCCCCCCUAAAUUCAAGCAGAGGACUACCCGUACCUUCAAGAGCAAGGCCCCCAAGCCUGGCCAGAAGGGAUUCGGUGACGACAUCCCCGGCAUGGAGGGUCUCGGCACAGACAUCACAGUGGUCUGCCCAUGGGAAGCUUUCGGUGACAUGGAACUCAGUGACCUGGCGAAAUAUGGAAUUGUUUAG